UCUUAUUAAUUCCAUUUUAACAAUGAAACUCAAUGGAUUUCAUUGUGGCACAAAAAUUAUUGGCUCUGUCACUGAAAAAUUGCAGUGUCUGGAAGAAAAGAGAAAUGAAUUUAUCAAGAAAAAUGAAUGUGAAGAAAAAAUUUUAUUUCUCACCACAAUAAAUAAUGUUUAUUAUAAUAUUGAAAAGAGACAAAUUAUUGAAUCGCGAGAAAUAAUAAAAAAUUAUAAUUUAAAAAUUUGUUGCUCAACAAAUUUAUUAACUGAAGUGGGAAAUAUUUUAUUAACAAGAUAUUUGGCAUUGACGAAUUAUCAAGGAAUUUUACAAUUUAAAUGUCUCACUAUCGAUGGAAAAAUUGCAUUUUGCAUUUAUAAAUGUUCAGCGGCUGAAAUAAUGGAAUACAAUAAAUUUUCAAUAGAAAUUUAUAAAAUUCUAAGAAUAAUUCAUGAGAAAAAUGGAAAAAUACAAAAUAUUGAAAUGCAAAUGUUAAAAAAUGGACGAAUUUUAAAAAUAAAUAAUCAUCAAUUUUCCUAUACAAUGGAAAUAAAUCCAUUGGAAAAUUUACACGAUAUUGAAAAUGGCAAAAAAUUGACAAAAUUUUCACUUAAAGACACAUGGCACGAGGAUUUUGAAUUAUUAUCGAAAUAUCUCGAUCAAAAAAGUGAAAAAAAAUUAGAAAAAGAAGAAUAUUUUGCAAAUCAUUCAGAAUUAAAAAAUUUAAUCGCCGAUUAUGUUCAAGCUUUGCUUUUUGUGAAACCACGAGACGUUUUGACAUUUACAAUACAACAUUUUUUGUCAUUUGCAAAGGAAACUGAAUCCAAGGAUUUAAACACAAAUUGUAAAAAUAUUGAAAGUGAAAUUUUCAAACUUUUUCCAAAUUACGAAACAAAUGGGACAAAAUUUGAUAAAUUUUCCUUAAACAAUGUGAAAUCUAUUUCAAUUCCGGAAUGUCCGGCGUGUUCAAUUUGCACAUCGGAAUCAAGUGAAAUUUGCACAAUUUUUUCAAGGAAACAUUGUUCUUCAAUUUCAAAUUCAACUCUUUAUAGUAGUAAAUUUUCCAAUGUAAAUUAGAAAAAAGAACAUGGUUACGAUUUUUUUUCAAAUUCGAUAAAUAAAUAAUAACUAACUACUAAAUAAAUAGAAAAAUAAGUAAAAGAAAAAGAAAAAAAAAACCAAAAAAAAUUAUAAUUAUUAUUAUUGUAAAUA